GCGCAUGCGCGCCACCAAGUCACGCACUCAAAAUGGCGGCGGCAAUGGAUGUUGAUACCCCGAGCGGCACUAACAGCGGCGCCGGCAAGAAACGCUUCGAAGUGAAGAAGUGGAAUGCUGUAGCUCUCUGGGCCUGGGACAUUGUGGUUGAUAACUGUGCCAUUUGCAGGAACCAUAUCAUGGAUCUAUGUAUAGAAUGCCAAGCUAACCAAGCAUCAGCUACCUCUGAAGAGUGCACUGUUGCAUGGGGUGUCUGCAAUCAUGCUUUCCAUUUUCACUGCAUCUCUCGCUGGCUCAAGACUCGCCAGGUGUGUCCAUUAGACAACAGAGAAUGGGAGUUCCAAAAGUAUGGGCACUAGAGAGAGAGUGACCAAGCACAUUGUUCUGUCAUUAGCAUGAUUAAUUCACUUCAUGAAGGUGUCUGUUUUAGAUGUUGUUGGCAGCAGUUAUGUCGUACUUUGUUUUGAUCUUAAUGUAACCAUAUUGUGUACUGUCAAAUAAAAUCUUGUUGUAACCUCCCUUUAA